ACCAGCUUCCAGCCUUUCUUGGAUUAAAAUCUCCAAUUCGCCCCAUUUUAGGGAAUCUAUGAACUACAGAGAUUUUUGCGGGGAAAAGGGAAGUCGAUAGCCAUCAUGACGCGAAAAAUCGUUUACGUUGGCGGCCUGGUGGUAACUCUUGCGGCAUUUGCCAUGACGCUCGCAAGCAUUAUCAUCCCUAGAUGGAUCAGUUUCUACAGUGAAUCGUUUUCUGGUGAACCUAUUCGCUACAGCUAUGGCCUGCACAAGAGCUGCUCCACGCUGACGGGCUCAUGCGCACAUUUCCCCCAAUAUGAGGACUGUCAUGGUUCCGACCGACAUUUCUGCUCCAUGUGGAAAUCCGUGGGCUUUCUCAUGUCCUUUGCCAUUGUCAUCGAAGGCAUGAUUAUCAUUGCGCAUCUCGUUGUUCUUGCGGGUGGCGUUCAGAAGAGAAUACAUGGUUGGAAAGUUCUCAGUGUUUCUCUGUUCAUCGCUGGCGCGAUCCAGUGCGCCGCGAUGGCCAUUGUGGCCUUUCUUUAUGACAACGAUGACCGUUUCUACCUUUGGCAGCUUGACAAUUCUUGGAUCCUCUGCACGGUCAGCUGGAGCGCUCUCAUUGUUUCAGCAACAAGUCUUAUUGCAUCUGCCUAUUUCUUGCCUCCGGAAGGUGACUAUGAGCUCAUUCCCGAGCGACAAUAGUAUAAGGCCGGCAUAUUGGAAGUGUCCAGUCUUAAGCUUACAUUACGACACAUCGACAAACGGAAAACGACUAUUAGACUGAAGUAUUUGACGAUUUAUAUGGCAUUGGAGUCUUGUUUAGCCGGCGCUGUUGGAAUAAUUUUGUUGAAUAUACACUUGAAGCUGCCUUAUCUUUAUUUAGAGCAAGCUAUCUUUUCAAUUUGUGGCUAUCAAUAUAUAUCUUGGCCAGUUUAAUUUACAGUUUCAAUAUCUCAUAUCUUUGGAGAGAAUUUACUACUUUGGGUCAUGAUCAAAGGGAAAUUACCUGUCUGCGAUAUUUGUCCGCCUGGUUUACAUCUAGAGUUUACAAAUAGGAAGGCCUUAUG